UAGUAUGGUAAAGUUUCUCUCACAAAUAGAUGUUCCGUGACUUCAAUCAAUCGUAGUUUGUCCAAGGAAACAUCCAAAAAAUAGUCAUCAAGCCUAGUAUUAAAUUUAAUAAGUUAUUGGUGUAUAGUUUAUUAGUGUAGAAAUUUAUUAAAUCAAUUCCUAUGACAGAGAAAUCGAGUGUGUUAAAAAAUUCCUCAAUAUCAAAAGAGGUAGAACAACUGGAUGAAGACUCAAGUUAUGACUCAGAUACGGAGAUUGUACGGUCGCCACAUCAGAACGUCAGUCGUAAUGUCAGUGAAACUUUGGCUCAAGAACUGCUCGAGGAUUUCAGUUCGCCAAGUUAUCGACAGUAUCUAGAGUUUGCACUGAAACUGGGAUAUUCAGAAAGACUGGUGCAAUUGGCUUUAGGCCGAUUGGGCAAUCCAACCAACAAUGAACUGUUAGCGGAAUUAAUUAAAUUGGGCGCACAACCCGGAUCUAAUGCAUGUGAUUUCGGUGCUGAUAUUAAAGGAAAUGAGCUCAACGAAGAGACUUUAGUGAAUGGUGAAGAUCUAUUGAGGCCGAUAAUUAUUGACGGCAGUAAUGUUGCGAUGGGUCAUGGAAAUAAAGAAAUAUUCAGUUGUCGUGGCAUUGCAAUUUGUGUCGAUUGGUUUAAGCAACGGGGUCACAAGGAUAUAACAGUGUUUGUGCCAAAGUGGCGAAAAGAAAGUGCACGACCAGAUAAUCCGAUAAAAGAUCAAGAAAUCCUUCACGAACUCGAAAAGGAACGAAUUUUGGUUUACACGCCGUCAAGAAGUCUUACAAAUGGCAAGCGAAUGGUUUGUUACGAUGAUCGAUACAUUUUAAAACUAGCAGUUGACAAUGAUGGGAUUGUUGUAUCAAAUGAUAAUUAUCGUGAUUUACUUCCCGAGAGUAACGAGUUUAAAAAAGUCGUCGAGGAGAGAAUUUUAAUGUAUUCAUUUGUGAAUGAUCGUUUCAUGCCACCUGAUGAUCCAUUGGGAAAAUUGGGACCAACACUCGACAAUUUUCUCAAAUUUCAACCUAAGAAAAGUGAUCAACAGAUCUGUCCUUAUGGCGCUAAAAAGAAAUGUACGUAUGGUAAUAAAUGUAAAUUCUUUCAUCCUGAACGUGGACUUCAACCGCAUAAAUCAGUCACUGAACGACUAUCGGAUUUCGCGAAUUAUCAUCUCCAAGCAAGAAAUAAUGAUGCAAGUAAAAAGCAACAACAACAAUCAGAUCCAUCAAAUCAACAUGACGCUCAAGACAUGUCACUUAAUCUUCAUAAGAAACUUCAAAGGCAAUUAUCACUUCUAAAUCCAUUUGAUCCACGACUUUUCCCAAUGCAACGAUAUCCGAAUGCACCGAAUGCUGCACAUAUGGUGCAAGGAAAUCCAAACUCACCUCCAUCACAUAAGCCACUUUCAUCGUCACACUCAUUGACAAGCGGAGGACCGGGACAAAGUCAACCACAAUAUUUGUAUGAACAUCAGAAUGUCAUGCGAAUCGCAUCAGCUCCCAAUUCAUCGAAUAAUUGGACAGCCAGUAGUGCCAAUAAUCACCUCCCGUCCUCGUCAGCAUCAGAGCCACAAAUAAAUUGGCCAAUCGCUGAUCAACGUCGUCGCUUACAUUAUCACUUGUGCAAUAUUUUUCCCAAGAAAGAUGUUGAGAAUGCGAUGAACAUGUUUCCCGAUGAAGCGAAUCCACAAAAAAUCUGCUCAGCUAUUUUAAACAUUCAAAGCAUGAGACAACAGUGAAUCAUGUUGACCAACUGUACUAAUUUGAUUUUUUAUUAGAUAUUGAAUAUCUAUUUAAGAUUUAAAGAAAAUAUGAUGAUAAAUACUUUAAGUAUGCAGUAUAAUUACUAUUAUUAUUAUUAUUAUUAUUAUGCAAAGCAAAAAUACAUAAAGUGGUGUAAAUGAAACUUCCAAUCGUUUUGUUAUUUACGUCAAAUGUACGUCAUAAUUGUUCGAUGUUGUUGUUGGUGUUGUUGUUGUUGACCCUAUCUUAGUUCAGCUUUCAUGAGGCCUUUGACCCUUUCUGGAAAUUUCCUGUUCAUCUUCUUAAA